AUGGGUCUCGACCGACACCAAAAGACGCCAUGUGGAUUUGCUUUCGUUGAGUACUACCUUCACUCUGAAGCUGUCGCCUGCCUGCGCUACAUCUCUGGCACGAAGCUCGACGAGCGUAUCAUCCGCUGCGAUCUCGACCCGGGAUACAAGGAGGGACGUCAGUUCGGCCGUGGCCGAAGUGGUGGCCAGGUCCGUGACGAGUUUAGGCAGGAGUAUGACAGCGGACGAGGAGGAUGGGGCCACCAGCGGCUCGAGAUGGAGCGCAGGCAGCAAGAGCAGGACCGCUUCCGUCAGCAGGUCCAGUUCGACACGUACGCCGCUAUUGGCGGUCUCGGACAGGCGGGCGCCGACGUGCCCACUGGAGAGGCUGCGGAGCGUUCUAAGAGGGCGAGGAGUCACGAGGACUAUGACGACCAGGACGGCGACGAGGGCAAGCGGUUCCGCAGCGAGCGCGACGACGAGUAA